CCGCCCAAUCAUAUCAUGUGUAUAAACCCCAAACACUUUCGGAUCAGCCUCCCCACUCUCAGUCAUAUCAUGUGUAUAAACCCCAAACACUUUCGGAUCAACCUCCCCACUAUCAGUCGCAUAAGCAUGCUUCUCUGAAUUGUAUGGGUUUUGAUGAACAUCUCGACUGUUUGGUGUAUUUUCUGUUCAGUUUGAUCCGGUUUGACGUUGUUUAGUUCAGGGUUAGGAUAAUGGAAUUUGUGAACUCUGUGUUUUUUUACUCUGCGCAUGAAUUUGCUGAAGCUGUUGCUGAACUGAGAAUUCGGUUUUGGUGAAUUCGGAGGCUGUAUGUUUGUCUGAGUAAGCCAUUGUGUUCGCGAGUAAGCUUGCUACUAUGUGCUACGCGCUAUAAUCAGCUCAACUUGAGGAUAGUUUGGUGCUGUUUGCAGAUUAAUGGAUAAAGCAACUUCUGAAAAUGGAGUAGAGGAGGUUCAGCUGCUUCCUUUUUAUCCUGAUGAGCAUGAAGGUAUCAUCGUGGAAAUGAAGGAGGCUAUGGAUCCGGAUGAUUUUAGUGUGAUUCUCAGAUAUUCACUUUCACAGUGGAAGUUGCAGGAAAAGAAGGGAGUAUGGAUCAAGCUACCAAUUCAACUUGUGAAUCUUGUUGAAAUUGCUGUGAAGGAAGGAUUUAUGUAUCAUCAUGCUGAACCUCACUAUUUGAUGCUUGUAUACUGGAUUCCUGAAACUCUUAGUACCAUCCCAGCUAAUGCAACGCACCGGCUCCGCAUUGGUGCUAUUAUUAUGGAUGAUAAGAGAGAGUUGCUUGUUGUUCAAGAGAAGUUUGGCAAGCUUCAAGGAACAGGUAUUUGGAAGAUCCCUACGGGAAUUCUUGAAGAGGGCGAAGAUAUUUUUUCAGGUGCAAGAAGAGAAGUAAAAGAAGAAACAGGAAUUGAUACAGAAUUCAUGAAUGUACUGGCAUUCAGGCAAUAUCACAAGUCUUUUUUCCAGAAGUCAACCUUACUUUUCCUAUGCAUGUUAAGGCCUCUAUCCUUUGACAUCCAAAGACAAGACUCAGAAAUUGAGGCAGCCCAGUGGAUGCCAAUUACUGAAUAUGCAGCACAACCUUUUCCCCCAGAAUACUCCAUUUUCAAGCAUGCUGCGGAUAUCUGCCUAGCAAAGGUUGACAAGGGUUACGCUGGAUUCAGUCCACUGCCAAUAGCAUCAUCCUUCAGUGAUCAGAUCAGCCACCUUUACGUUAACAAGGAGGAUCUGAACCUGUGACAAUCUCCAAAUUUGUCUGUGGAGAUGGGCAGUGUAAAGGAAAUUUUUUUGUAAUGGUACAUAUUGGAAUUGAUUUUUCAUUUCAAAUCCCAUUACAUAUACUGUCCUAUUUAAUAUAUAAACGCCAUAUGUAUAAAGUAAUAUUAUUUUUAUACAUGUGACGUAUAUAUAUUAAAUGGAAUAAGAGCUGUAAUGUGAUUUGAAAUUGAAAAAUGUCAACCUAACUUAAAUAAAUUGUAACAAUUUGUUUGUAUGGGUUGUUGAAUCAUAAAUAUGGAAGUGAUUCGAGUUUGGUUUGCUUUUAGCUCUCAUCACUUAUCGAAAUUGAGCUACCGGCGUUCAAAUUGUA